GAUGCUGAACGAGUCGAUGGGGGAGGGGGACGCCGCCUACGCCAAGCGCGUGCUGCUCACCGCCGCCGGCGACGACGUCUCCCGGGGGAUCGCCUCCACCCUCGCCACCCAUGGCUGCCGAUUGGUUUUGGUCGGCGACGAGGGCGCCCUGGCUGGGACGGCGGAGGAGGCGCGGCGCGGUGGGGGCGGAGGAGAUGCGGUCGCUGUGGUGGGGCUGGAUCUCCACGGCUGCGACGAGGCGGCCGUCGACGCGGCGGUGGGCACGGCGUGGCGCUGCUUCGACGGCCUAGACGCCAUGGUGAACUGCUACUCCUACGAGGGUGAAGUACAAGACUGCCUCAAUAUAAGCGAAGAUGAGUUCAAGAAGACAAUGAAAGCGAAUGUAAUGACACCUUGGUUUCUAGUAAAGGCAAUUGCAAAGCGACUCCGGGACUCAGAAUCCAGUUGUGGAGGGUCUGUUGUAUUCUUAACUCAGAUUAUUGGUGCUGAGAGAGGAUUGUAUCCUGGUGCUGCUGCAUAUGGUACAAGUUUAGGUGCCAUUCACCAAUUGGUCCGGCUGUCAGCAAUGGAGCUGGGCAAGCACAAGAUGAGGGUGAACGCGGUGUGCCGUGGGCUGCACCUGGGCGACAGGUUCCCGGUGUGGGUGGGGAAGGAGAAGGCGGAGAAGGCGACGGGGGAGGUGAUGCCGCUGCGGAGAUGGCUGGACCCGGAGAAGGACGUGGCGUCCACGGUGCUGUACCUGGUUGGGGACGAGUCCCGGUACAUGACUGGCAGCACCAUAUUCGUGGAUGGCGCCCAGUCCAUCGUGCGCCCGCGCAUGCGCUCCUUCAUGUAGAUCAUCACAUCACCGUACGUGAUAAUAAGCAACUACUAGUAAUAGUAGGGAGAUCCAUAACAAUAACAAGGAGAGCUCCAUCAUGGGUUUCUGCUCUGUAGCUGUGUGUUCAGAUGAACAAUUUGCUGUCUGUAAUGAUCGAGAAGACAGUACAAAGUUGUGUUCUGAGAUUAGUAUGUACGCCGCAGGCAACGUGCCAUGAUCUGAGCCUUCUGGUAUAUGUACGAUCUCGGAUACGUCAGCUCUUAUUUGAAAAACACUCUCAUAGCUGUAUGUAAGAUCAUUUUUUUUUGACAUAUGACAAGUUAAAUGUAUAUGGUUAAAAGAGUUAUAAAAAUAUUUCGUCUAAAGUGAAAA